AUUUCUUCUUUGUUACCAAAGAGAAAAGAUGAUUAUGGGAUCUUCAAGUAGAAAAAGGGAAAUUAUAGAAGAUUUCUCAAUAAUAGGAGGAUUAAUAGGGGUACAAUUCAUGUAUGCUGGAAAUUCAGUGGUUUCAAGUUAUCUUAUGUUGUUAGGUUUCAAACCUUCAUCUCUCAUUAUCUUGUCUUCAUUGGCUACUUUUCUCAUCCUUUGUCCCUUUUCUUUCAUAUUUGAAAGGAGUCAAUGGCCCAGGCAAAUGAGUUUAAAGUUAUUGAUUCAAUUAUUUCUAAUUUCAUUUGGAGGGGUCACAUUAUUCCAAUCUUUGUUCAUGGAGGGAAUCAAAUUUACUUCACCUUCAAUGGCAACAGCUAUGCCAAAUCUUGCACCAGGACUCAUCUUUCUCAUUGCUUGGGCUUUUGGAUUAGAGAAAGUGGAGCUAAGAUGCAAAUACAGCAGAGCUAAAAUAGCAGGAACAUUAAUGUGUGUUACAGGGGCAAUACUUAUGAGCCUAAUGCAAAAUACAACAAAUAGUCAAAUAAAUUUGCCAUCUUCACCUCCACAUCACAAAUACAACUAUUUCGAUUCAGAAAAGAUCAAAGGUUCAUUGUAUCUCAUGGCAGCUAUACUCGUGUUAUCGAGCAAUAUAGUCUUACAGGCAGCAACAUUAGGUGAUUUUCCAGCACCAAUCUCUUUAUGUGCUAUAACAUCACUUAUAGGCAUGAUAUUGACUGUAUUUGUACAAUUAAUUCAACAUGGAUCGAUGGAAAUUGGAUUGCCCCUCUUAAGUAUCCGCGACUUAAUUGGCUACUCGUUAUUGGCAGGUAUUGUUAGUGGAGCAUGUGUAAGUUUCAAUAAUUGGGCAAUGAAGAAAAGAGGGCCAGUUUUGGUCUCUGUUUUUAGCCCUGUUGGAACUUUGUUAACUGUAGUUCUUUCUGCUGUAACCUUAAGAGACACAAUUACUACAGGAAGCCUUGCUGGUAUGUUUCUAAUGUUUACGGGUCUAUAUUUCGUGUUAUGGGCGAAAAGGAAUGAAGGAUUUCUAAAUAAUAACAUGACGAAUUCAUCAUCAGAAAUAGCACGACGGAAUAUAGCCAAUCCUAACUUGUAUGGGACCGAGGUGUAGUUGUUGUUAUAGUAAGCAUGACGGAAUGUGCAUUGUCACCAUUAUAUUGAUGUAUCUCUGUUCUUGUA